AUAGUAUUUCAGUUUCUUCCUGGCCAUUCGUUUCUGCUCUCUCUCUACAAUCAGCAAUGGCUGGCGUCAAAGGCAUAAACUCCAUUACAUCUCCCAUUCACUCACCAAGAAUCACCAAGCUAACAUUUUUAACAACCCCAACUUGGUUUCAACCAAAACCCAAAUUCCAACAACUCAAAACCAAAACUAUUAGACUAUUUCCAGCUCAAUCUAGUGCAAAACCAAACGCAAAUCAAGAAAAUGCAGCGGAUGAAUCCUUGUUAAAUGACCCAAUUUCAAGAAUCCAACCACAACCCACUUCAAAUCAACCUCUAUCUUCUUCAAUUUCAUCGUUUUCGCGGGGUUUAGUUUAUGAUUUAGGGAAAAAAGAUUCUUGGGACAGCUCUGAAAUUGGUUCACCUUUAGUGAAAAGGUACCUUAGUGAUGAUGAAGAGAGAUGGUACAUGUGGUACCAUGGGAGGUCUAGUAAUAAUGGUAAAGAGUCAAUUGGUUUAGCUGUUUCUAGCAAUGGGGUUCAUUGGGAAAGAGGUGAAAUUGUGAUGAAUUGUGGUGAUAAUUGGUGGGGUUUUGAUACACAAAGUAUUAGGCCAUGUGAGGUUGUGAUUAUGUCAAGUGCUAAAGUAAGAGCUAAUAGUUCUGUUUAUUGGCUUUACUAUACUGGUUUUUGUUCUGACAAGAUUGAAUCUUUAGAAGAUUUAAAUAGAUUGAGAUUUGAGAAUGGAAAUGGCAAAAUUUAUAAGUCGUUGCCUGGAUUAGCAAUGAGCCAAGAUGGUAAGCAUUGGGCAAGAAUUGAAGGGGAGCAUCAUUCUGGUGCUUUAUUUGAUGUUGGUUUAGAUGGUGAAUGGGAUUCUUUGUUUAUAGCUUCACCAAAAGUAGUUUACCAUAGUAAUGGUGAUUUAAGAAUGUAUUACCAUUCAUACGACGUCGAAAAAGGGAACUUUGCAAUUGGGAUAGCAAGGUCAAGAGAUGGAAUGAAAUGGUUAAAGUUAGGGAAGAUCAUAGGAGGAGGAGGAGGUAUUGGUGGCUUUGAUGAACUAGGGGUGUUGAAUCCACAUGUUGUUCGAAAUCGAAAAGAUGGGAAAUAUUUGAUGGUUUAUGAAGGUGUGGAUGGAAAUGGGAGGAGAAGUAUUGGGAUGGCAAUAUCUUCUGAUGGAUUAAAGGGAUGGAGAAGAAUUCAAGAAAAUCAUCCAGUGUUGAUGAAAUGUGAAGAAGGGGGAUGGGAUAGUGAAGGGGUGGGAUCACCAUAUCUUGUUGAAAUGGAUGGAGAUCAUCAAGAUCAUGAAUGGAGAUUGUAUUAUAGAGGAAUUGGGAAAAAUGGUAGAAGUGGGAUUGGUAUGGCAAUGUCUCAAGGAAAUGAAUUCAAGAGUUUUCAAAGGUGGAAUGGGUUUCAUUUAUGAGGCAUGUAGUAAGUAGCAUUACAAUUUGAGUCAAUUUUUUUUUUUUUGCCUUGUUUGUAGUUUCCCUGUUUCUUUUAAAAGAACCACCUUGAUUCUUUUGAAAGAAUGGUGUGGUGGUGUUCAAUUUAA